AUGAAGAGUCUCAAGCGUGGGCUCGCGUCCGACCCAAAUGCUGCACACAUCUCCAGCAAGGUCUUCCUUCGAUCCACGAAAAGCGGCAAGGUUCAAAAGGUCGUCCGUGAACAAUACCUGAGAAAAGACAUACCCUGUUCGUCACAAUUAUGUACCAAAUGCACGACUAUCGCGGCGACGGACUCGACGGGUUCGGUUGCACCUUUCGUACUCUCAAAGCGCCCUACUGUCACCACACAAUUUCCUGAUGGCCACUACCUCAUUCCCGAUACCAAUGUCCUUCUCGCUAGCAUGGACCUCUUUGAAGAGGCCAGCCAUUUCCACGAUGUCAUCGUCCUCCAGACGGUCCUGGAAGAGCUGCGGAAUCGAUCCCUCCCGCUUUUCAAUCGGCUCAUGGCCCUGAUCAAAAGUGACGAGAAGCGAUUCUACCUCUUUUUCAACGAAUUUCGUUCCGAGACCAGUGUACAGCGUAAAGAGGGGGAGAGCAUAAACGAUCGCAAUGAUCGAGCCGUGCGCAAGGCUGCUGAAUGGUACACAUCUCACCUGGCUGCAACCACGACGAAAAAGAUGCCAGCCAUCGUCAUACUCACCAAUGAUCAAGAGAAUCGGAAGAAGGCGAAGGCUGAGAAGCUUGUCGCUUUGUCACUACGGGAAUAUGUCUCGGGGCUAGACGAUGCAGACCGGCUACUGGACAUGGUAGCAGAAGGACAAGAGAAUCGUCAGCUGACCGGCGAGCUCUUCUAUCCAGAGUAUUUCUCUACGUCCAAGAUGACCACCGGCGUCAAGAACGGCACUCUCCACCAAGGAAUAUUCCAUGUAUCCACUUACAACUACCUCGAAGGGACAGUCAAAGUGCCGUCCUUUGACAAGCCUCUGCUCAUCCUGGGACGGGAGGACAGCAACAGAGCCGUGUCCGGCGAUAAUGUCGUUGUUGAGAUCCUGCCCAAGGAUCAGUGGCGAUCAGCUUCAACGAGGGUCAUGGAUGAGGAAGAGGCGAAUCCGAAUGAGAAUGCAGAGAAUGAAGAAACUGGUGACCUGGUAGAAACAGAGGCUGAGAGGAGAGCGCUGCAAGAAGAGGUCAAGCAGGCACAUUCUGCUAGUAGCGAAAACCGGGCUCAACCUACAGCUCGUGUGGUUGGCAUUUCGAAGCGCAACUGGCGGCAGUUUGUGGGUACCAUUGACUCCAAGGCUGCUACAUCCAGUGGACGCAUGACGACUGUUUUCCUGAUGCCCAUGGACAAGCGGAUACCGAAAGUCAGGAUAAGGACUCGCCAGGCAAAUGAAUUGAUUGGGAAACGACUCCUAGCAACCAUCGAUACUUGGGACCGAGACAGUCGAUACCCGGUGGGACAUUACAUCCGAUCGCUGGGUGAACUCGAAACGAAAGAAGCUGAAACGGAAGCACUUCUCCUGGAAUACGAUGUAGCCUAUCGUCCCUUCCCGAAAGCGGUCCUUGACUGCCUGCCAGCAGAAGGACAUGAAUGGCGCGUGCCUUCCUCCAUAGAGGAUCCUGGGUGGAAGGGCCGGCGCGACCUCCGCGAGCUCCUGGUCUGCUCAAUCGACCCUCCAAAGUGUCAAGACAUUGACGAUGCACUUCACGCUCGGCCACUCCCGAACGGCAACUUCGAAGUGGGUGUGCACAUUGCAGACGUCUCACACUUCGUGCGGCCAAGUAAUGCUAUGGAUGCUGAGGCUACCGCACGAGGAACCACUGUAUACCUUGUAGAUAAGCGGAUCGACAUGCUGCCUAUGCUACUUGGAACGGAUCUGUGCUCUUUGAAGCCGUACGUUGAGCGGUUUGCUUUUUCAACGAUCUGGGAGAUCACGCCAGAUGCCGAAGUCGUUUCGGCGAACUUCACCAAAUCGGUCAUUCGAUCUCGCGAGGCUUUCUCCUACGAACAAGCACAACACCGGAUCGACGAUUCAGCAGCAAACGAUGAGUUAACCAAGAGCAUGCGAACACUAUUGAUGCUCUCUCAGAAACUUCGGGCGCAACGCAUGGCGGCUGGUGCGCUCAAUCUUUCAUCCCCAGAAGUCCGUAUCGAGGCCGAUGGCGACGAAAGCUCCGACCCCGUCGCGGACGUCAAAACCAAAGCAUCACUUGCGACGAACUCGCUAGUUGAAGAGUUCAUGCUGCUCGCAAACAUCACGGUGGCUCGCAAAAUCCAAUCCGUUUUCCCACAGACCGCCCUACUACGACGUCACGCAACGCCACCGGCGAGCAACUUUGCCGACCUCUCCGAACAACUGAAGCGCAUGCGCGGCUUUGAACUGGAUGUAUCUAGCUCUAAGUCUCUAGCUGAUUCGCUGGACAAAUGCGUUGACCCGCAACACCCGUAUUUCAACACGCUCGUUCGAAUCAUCGCGACUCGUUGCAUGACCUCCGCUGAGUAUUUCUGUAGCGGCGAGCAUGCCGAGCCCGAGUUCAGGCAUUAUGGAUUGGCUAGCGAGAUCUACACACAUUUCACAUCUCCCAUUCGGCGAUAUGCAGAUCUACUUGUACAUCGCCAACUGGCAUACGCCAUCGGCUACGAUGGUAUGGGCAGUGAGAGGGUCGAUGAGGGGCUACACAACAAGUCGAAGCUCGAGAAGGUGUGUUCAAACCUGAACUUCAGGCACCGCAACGCGCAGAUGGCAGGUCGAGCGAGCAUCGAGUACUACGUGGGCCAGGCAUUGAAAGCCCGGGGCGAGAAAGCCCCGGAUAGCAGAAUCGAUGUUGACGGAUACGUGAUGCGAGUCUUCGAGAAUGGCGUGGUAGUCUUCGUGCCACAGUUUGGUAUCGAGGGCUUGGUCAAGCUCGAAGACGUUCAGCUCAAAGGCGAUGAAGGCGGAGUCCGAGGGAGCGUCUUCGAUGCUGAGAAUUACAGUCUCGAGGUCUUUGAGAAGGGAAAGCAAUCCAAAGGUCUGAAGGUUGAGCUAUUCCAGCAGGUCAGAGUCCGCGUCAGCUCCGAGGAGAAGGGUGGGGCAAGAGAGAAGGGAAAGCGCAGAGUCAGGAUCGUGAUCCUUCCGUCGUCGUAG